UGGUGUCACCAGCUUGCUUGGGAUGAUCCGAUCUGGAUUCAGCCAUAUUCCCACCGAGCAGCCACACCGGCAGCCCGCCUCAAACUACCGAAAAACCCUCCGUAAUCCUCCAACGCGCUCUCCCGCGGUGUUAACGGACAUUUUGAUUGACGCCGAGCUCGUCCCGGAUCUCCGGGACAUGUCACCGAGCUGAUACACCGACCCGCGGACAUGGAGCAGCGGCGGCCAACCUGAGAGUCGACGGUCUGAUCGACAUCCCGAUCUCCGAGAGGAAAGUCCAGAUUUACCGGGAUUAAAGCCGAUGUGGAGGAGGGACGGACGCGGGCCUGCAGGCGGAACAGCUCACAACACGACGUAGCGACGGUAACCGGCGGAGACACACCGACACAUCGACACCCAGCCUGCUCAAAAUGUCGGGAAUGUUUUCCCGGAGCUAACGAGCUAGCUGAAGCUAGCAGGCUGAGCUCGGCACGACUCGGCAGGAAGCGGAGCCUCGGCGGCGGCUUACACUCGGACUGUGCGGCGGGGGUUGUUGUCCGAGUAUCAGCGGGAGCGGCGGGUGAUUGUCCCGGGGCAGGAUGUCGGCUCAGGUCCGUCUGAAGCGGCUGGAGGAGCUGCUGCUGGAGCAGAAGGCGGCGGGAUGUCUGAGUGUGGAGACGCUGCUCGACCUGCUGCUGUGCCUCUACACAGAGUGCUCCCACUCCCCGCUGAAGAGGGAGAAGCACAUCACCGACUUCCUGGAGUGGGUUAAACCCUUCACCACCACAGUGAAGGACAUGCGGCUGCACAGGGAUGACUUUGAAAUGUUGAAGGUGAUUGGACGAGGAGCUUUUGGAGAGGUUGCUGUGGUGAAGAUGAAGCACACAGAGAGAGUUUAUGCCAUGAAGAUCCUCAACAAGUGGGAGAUGUUAAAGAGAGCCGAGACGGCGUGUUUCCGUGAGGAGCGUGACGUCCUGGUGAAAGGAGACAGUCAGUGGAUCACAACUCUGCACUACGCCUUCCAAGAUGACAACUACCUGUACCUGGUGAUGGAUUACUACGUGGGCGGGGACCUGCUGACUCUGCUCAGUAAGUUCGAGGAUCGUCUUCCAGAGGACAUGUCCAAGUUCUACGUCGCUGAGAUGGUGCUGGCCAUCCACUCCAUCCACCAGCAGCACUACAUCCACAGAGACAUCAAACCAGACAACGUCCUGCUGGAUGUCAAUGGUCACAUCCGCCUGGCAGACUUCGGAUCCUGUCUCCGCAUGAUGGAGGACGGCACGGUGCAGUCCUCGGUGGCUGUGGGUACUCCGGACUACAUCUCCCCAGAGAUCCUGCAGGCGAUGGAGGACGGGAUGGGCCGCUACGGACCGGAGUGUGACUGGUGGUCUCUGGGGGUCUGCAUGUAUGAGAUGCUGUACGGAGAGACGCCAUUCUAUGCUGAGUCUCUGGUGGAGACCUACGGCAAGAUCAUGAACCACGAGGAGCGUUUCCAGUUCCCCUCCCAUGUGACCGAUGUCUCAGAGGAUGCCAAAGACCUGAUCCAGCGCCUGCUUUGCUCCAGAGAACGUCGGCUUGGUCUAAACGGGAUCUCCGACUUCAAGAGCCACCCGUUCUUCAGCGGGAUCGACUGGGACAACAUCCGGUCCGCCGAGGCCCCAUACAUCCCCGACGUGUCCUCGCCCACCGACACCUCCAACUUUGACGUGGACGACGACGUCCUUAAGAACCCGGACAUUGGUCUUCCAGUGUCUCACACUGGUUUCACUGGUCAGCACCUCCCCUUCGUUGGCUUCACCUACACCACCGACAGCUGCUUCUCCGACUGCAGCUCCGUCUGCCGAGCGGGUUUCCUUGGCCGCCAGGAGGAGGAGGUGGGGGGGGGAGAAGGAGGGGGGCAGGAGGUGGAGGCCUUCGAAAGGAGGAUCCGUCGACUGGAGCAGGAGAAACAGGAGCUGAACCGCAGACUACAGGAGUCCACUCAGGCCCUGCAGGCUCCAGCUCGAGGAGGAACUCUGACUCGGGACAAAGAGAUCAAGAAGCUGAACGAGGAGAUUGAACGACUAAAGAAGAAGUUGGCAGACUCUGAUAGGCUGGAGCACCAGCUGGAGGAGGCGGUCACACUCAGACAAGACUACGAGAGCUCCGCCUCCAAACUGAAGACCCUGGAGAAGCAGGUGAAGACCCUGAGACAGGAGAAAGACGACGUCCACAAGCAGCUGUCCGACUCUCUGGAGCGACUGAGGAGUCAGACCAAGGAGCUGAAGGAGGCGCACUCCCAGAGGAAGCUGGCCCUGCAGGAGUUCUCCGAGCUGUCGGAGAGGAUGGCCGAGCUGCGCUCCUCCAAACAGCGUCUGUCCCGUCAGCUCCGAGACAAGGAGGAGGAGACGGACGCGCUGCUGCAGAAGAUGGACGCCAUGAGACAGGAGAUCCGCAAGACAGAGAAGAACCGCAAGGAGCUUGAGGCUCAGCUGGAUGAUGCGAAGGCGGAGGCGUCGAAGGAGAGGAAGCUGAGGGAGCACAGUGAGGUUUACUCCAAACAACUGGAGACGGAGCUGGAGAGCCUAAAGUCCCAGUCUCAGCAGGGUAGGGGAGCAGCUGCGCGAGGGGCGGAGUCUCAACAGGAGCUGUCCCGUCUGAAGGCAGAGCUUGAUAAGAAGGUCCUUUUCUAUGAGGAGGAGCUGCUGAGGAGAGACUCUGCCCACUCCUCCGAGAUCAAGAACCUCCGCAAAGACCUGCACGAGUCCGAAGGAGCGCAGCUCGCCGCCAACAAGGAGCUGCUGCAGCUCCGAGACAAGCUGGACAAGGCCAAGAGGGACAGACAGACCGAGAUGGAUGAAGUUGUCGCAGCUCUGAAGGAGAAAUACGAACGAGAGAAAAACCUGCUGACGGAGGAAAACCGUAAACUGACAGCAGAGACCGACAAGCUGUGCUCGUUCGUCGACAAGCUGACGGCCCAGAACCGUCAGCUGGAGGAUGACCUCCAGGACCUAUCGUCUAAGAAGGAGAGCGUGGCUCACUGGGAGGCCCAGAUCGCAGAGAUCAUCCAGUGGGUGAGCGAUGAGAAGGACGCUCGAGGUUACCUUCAGGCUCUGGCCACCAAGAUGACGGAGGAGCUGGAGACGCUGCGCAGCUCCAGCCUGGGAACCAGACCUCUGCCUGAGUCGGGAGUGGCCACACCUCCUAGGAAGCCCUGGCCUCCUAUUGGUGGAGACAGGAGGGACCCCCUGUGGAAGGUGCGCCGCAGUCAGAAGUUGGACAUGUCGGCUCGUCUGGAGCUGCAGUCGGCUCUGGACGCUGAGAUCAGGGCCAAGCAGCUGGUUCAGGAGGAGCUGCGCAAAGUCAAGGCUGCCAACAUCAACCUGGAGAGUAAGCUGAAGGACUCAGAGGAGAGGAGUAGGGAGAUGGGGGAGCAGAUGGAGAAUCUGAAGAAGGAGAUGGAGGAGGGUCGCUCACGCUCUGACAAAGGCCUGAAGCUCCCUGACUUCCAGGACUCCAUCUUUGAAUAUUUCAACACCUCACCACUGGCUCCAGACCUCACCUUCAGAACCACAGACAUAGACUCCACCCCACAGAAAUCAGAGACCACCUCCCCCUCCCCCUCCACCACCUCCGACAACGAGGAAGUUAAAGCAGCAUUUGUCCCAGCGAGCCCCUCCCCCACCUACCAGAGCGCAGCACUGACCACACCAAAGCCCAAGGCUCAUCAGCUGAGCAUCAAGACCUUCUCCAGUCCCACUCAGUGCACACACUGCACCUCACUGAUGGUCGGGCUCAUCAGACAGGGAUACGCCUGUGAAGUGUGUUCCUUCAUCUGCCAUGUUUCCUGUAAAGACUACGCCCCCCUGGUCUGUCCUAUCCCAGCAGAACAGGCUAAGAGGCCUCAGGGCAUCGACGUCCAGAGAGGCAUCGGCACCGCCUACAAGGGCUACGUCAGGAUUCCAAAGCCCAGCGGGGUGAAGAAGGGCUGGCAGCGAGCGUUCGCCGUGGUAUCUGACUGUAAACUGUUUCUCUACGACGUCCCAGAGGGGAAGUCCACCCAGCCAGGGGUGGUGGCCAGUCUGGUCCUCGACCUCAGAGACGAGGAGUUUUCUGUCAGCUCUGUUUUGGCGUCAGAUGUGAUCCACGCCACCAGGAAAGACAUCCCUUGCAUUUUCAGGGUGACGUCAUCGCAGCUGAUCUCACAGCUCUCCUCGGUAUCUCUGCUGGUCCUGGCGGAGAGCGAGGUGGAGAAGAGGAAGUGGGUCCGGAUCCUGGAGGGUCUGCAGAGCAUUCUGACCAAGAACCUGCUGAAGAGCCGGCAGGUCCACGUUCUGCAUGAGGCCUACGACGCUUCACUCCCUGUCAUCAAGACUACGCUGUCAGCCGCAGUGCUCGAUCGAGAGAGGAUCGCCCUGGGAACAGAAGAUGGACUGUUUGUGGUUGAGGUCACCAGAGACGUGAUUGUGCGAGCAGUCGACAGUAAGAAGAUCUAUCAAAUCGAUUUGAUUCCAAAGGAUAAAAUCAUCGCUCUGCUCUGCGGUCGGAAUCGUCAGGUUCACCUUCACCCCUGGGGGGUUCUGGACGGAGCGGAGCCUGCCUUUGACUUUAAGCUGACGGAUACCAAAGGCUGCCAGGCUCUAACCACAGGGGUGCUCCGACCGGGAGGCCCUGCCUGUCUGCUGGCUGCUGUCAAACGCCAGGUUCAGUGCUACGAGAUCAUUACAGUGAGGCCUCACCAUAAGCGUUUGUGGGAGGUCCAGGCUCCAGGUGUGGUGCAGUGGUUGGGGAUGGUGAGAGAGCGGCUGUGCGUCGGGUAUCCGUCAGGCUUCGCUCUUCUGGCCCUGCAGGGCGAGUCGUCCCCCAUUAGCCUGGUGAGCCCCGCUGACCCGUCGUUGGCCUUCCUGUCCCAGCAGCCGUUGGACGCCCUGCACGCCCUGGAGGUCGGAUCCAGUGAGCUGCUGCUCUGCUUCAGCUCACUUGGCAUCUACGUGGACGGACAGGGCCGCCGGUCUCGGACCCAGGAGCUGAUGUGGCCCGCCACCCCGCUCGCAUGUAGUUCUAACUCGUCCCACCUGACGGUCUACAGUGAAUACGGAGUUGAUGUCUUUGAUAUUCACACCACAGAGUGGGUUCAGACCAUCUCCCUACGCAAGAUCAGACCUCUGAAUGUUGAAGGGACGUUAAACCUGCUGAGUUCAGAACCUCCUCGUCUGAUUUACUUCAGCAACACCUCAUCAGAGGGUGACCUCACCAUCCCGGAGACGUCGGACCACAGCAGGAAGUUGAUGGUUCGAACUCGCAGCAAGAGAAAGUUUCUCUUCAAGGUUCCUGAGGAGGAGCGACUUCAGCAGAGGAGGGAGAUGCUGAGGGACCCGGAGCUCAGGUCGAAGAUGAUCUCUAACCCGACCAACUUUAACCACGUGGCUCACAUGGGACCAGGAGACGGGAUGCAGGUCCUGAUGGACCUCCCUCUGGUUGGUGACGUUGCCUCCCUUUCCCCCUCCCCGUCUCCCUCCCCCUCCUCCUCCUCCCGUCACACCCUCAUCUCUCCCCCCUCCAACUUUGAGCACGUCUAUCACAUGACGUCGGCGUCGGCCGGCGCCUUCUUGCAGAAAGACGCGUCCUCUUCCUCCUCCUCCCAGCAGAGCCUCCUGCAGCCUUCCUCCUCCUCCUCCUCUCCCUCCACCUCCUCUCUGGGAAGGAGUGUGAUGCCUUCCUCUCAGGAUGACUCUGUCAAAGAUAAGCCCCGCCCCCUGUCCAGUAUCUCCCGCCACCAGAGAAGCAAGACGCACAUCACUCGUACAGCUUCAGAUUUUGGGGGAGCAGCGUCCUCUCGUGGCGUCUCUGAACCAGACCAGGAACUGGACCGAGAGCCGGACUCGGACUCCACCAAACACUCAACCCCCUCCAACAGCUCCAACCCCAGCAGCCCCCCCAGCCCCAACUCCCCCCACCGCAGCCAGCUCACCCUGGACGGCCUGGACUCCGAGCCCUGAGGCCCCGCCCCCUGAGCACCUGAGGGGCUGAAUGAGCCAAUCAGGCUGCGGACUGAGAGUUUAGAUUUUACUUUGAUGAUUUUAUUGUGGCGGACUGAGCUUCCUGCUGCUUUUAUGUUGUUGGAUUUUACUUGCUGGGAAGCCGCGCCCCCUGGUUUUAACCCUGCUGAUGGCUGCUGUGUGUUUGACCUUUGACCUUUAUUCUAAUUGGCUCUCUGAGACCAAUCACCUGCUCUUCUUCUUCAUUAAAGAACUUCCUGUUGAGCUUUAGUGGACUGUUAGCCGCUGAGAUAACUGGCUAACUUCCUGUCAGACGGGAGGUUUCACUCUGAUGGAAAAACACUGUAUGAAUUAAUUUUGAAGUUUUGUUAAAGUUGCACAUCAUCUUCAUUGUUGUUGUAGAGAAAAAUAAUCUUUGAUUUUGUGUCAGUGAUGAUCUUUCCUGUUGCAACACCCCCCACCCCCCACCCCCCCGACCCCGCCCUCUGACAUCAGAGCUCAGGUAGGGUCAGGUGAGGGGGACACACCUGAACACUACUGCUCUGUUUCUUCCAGAAUCACCAGUUAAAGAAUCUUUGUAACUAAAACCUGUUAGCAGCCAAACAAACAAUAAAAGAAUCUGAAUCUG